CUCGGCUGCGCAGGUCACGACACAGCGCGCUGGCAGGACGCUGAAAGCCCAAGAAGGAAUGCGAUAUAUGAUGAAGACUAAAACAGAAGUUUCCGUUGUCUCUCUAUCAUAUCCUUCGGAAAUGCCGAUGAGACACCAGACGAGCUGAAAUGCUCUGAUGAGGCAUCGUAGUGGUUUUUCAAGUGACGUCUGUCUCUCUUGGGGAACUUUUCUUUUCGAUCUGGCCUUCUUAAAGGCAUAGCGGAGAGCCCCGCCUUCGGCAAGGCUUCUCGUGAGGACGAGUAACCGGCUCUAGGACCCGGAGGCGGACGAGCAGCCCAACGGAGGUCCUCCCGCUCCCGCCCCCGCUCCAUCCCGCGGCGGUCAGUGUACUCCGCUGCGGCCGCCCGGAGGCUUACUCAGGCCGGCCGCGCUCGUCUCGUCCCCACUUCGCCGAGCGGCGCUCCUCCCGGAAGACCACGACGACGACCAAGCGACGGAAGUGGUCGCCGGAGACCAAAAAGUGGACUUAUGGAGCCCAAACGCCAAAGCGAGGCGCUGGAGCGACUGUUGGGCGAGCUGGCCACUUUGCUGGAGAUGCUGGACGGCGAGAGCCUCAGCGCCGCCGCCACCUGCAAGAUGGCAUCCGUGCGCAGCAUCUUGGACACCCUGCGGACGUCGGGCGGCGGCUCGGACGCGUACGUCAACGGCGGUCUCGACGGCGACGGCACCAGCUUCGUCGAGUCCUUGUUCGAGGGCUUCGACUGCGAUCUGCACGCGCUCUGUACCUCCCCCGUCCUUCCGAGGGAGGAAGAGGAAGAGCAAGAGGAGACGCGAGGCGACAAAUCCACGCCCACGGACACGCCCCCUCCGCUGCCGACCACGCCCCUCCCGGAGGACUACUACGAGGAGGCCCUCGCGCCGGAGCCGGACUCGGCCCCCUGGCGCUUCGACGCCGACGCGGCCGGCGGAAACUCUGAGGAAGACGCCUACUACGAAGAUGCGGACAACAAUUACCCCAGCACCAGGAUCAACGGGCCUCCCCAAAACUCCUAUAACGACUCGGACGCGCUGAGCAGCUCCUACGAGUCCUACGAGGAGGACGACGAGGCCAAAAGGCCGAGUCCUGCGCCGCAGGGAAGCGCGGACGCCGCGCUCGGCAACUGCCGGAUUUGCGCCUUCCUGCCGCGGAAGAAGCGAUUCGGGCAGUGGGCCAAGCAGCUGGUGCUCGUGCGAGAUGACAAGCUGCAGUGCUACAAGAGUGUGAAGGAGAGCACCCCCCACACGGAGAUUGCGCUGGGCCAAUGCAGCGUCCACUACGUCAACAAGAAGAAAAGACACGAGCUGCGCUUCUCUCUGCCCGCCGGAGAAGUUCUGGUGCUGGCCGUGCAGAGCGAAGAGCAGGCCCGCCGAUGGAUCAAGGCGGUGCGAGACGUUGGCGGCGAUUGCGGCAACGCGGACCAUCUCGACGCGUCGCUUGACAAGAUGCCGCAAGCCGACAGACACGCGUCGGACUCCGACGGCGGGCCCGCCGCAGACUGGCAGCCAUCGGCGCGUGGAGCAGGAGCGGACGCCGCCGACCCGCUCGGCAAAGCAAAGCGCGGCGCCCUGUCGGAGUUGACGGGGUCGGUGAGCCGCGCGGCGGGAAAGACCAUCAAUCAAAUCAUCACCUUCUCCAAACGCAAGCCGCCCGUCCUCCGCGACGAGCCCGGCCGCGGAUAUCUCGGCGUGUGCGUGGGCGGAGUCUGGAAGGAGCGCUGGUGCGCGGUGCGGGCGGGAAACCUUAAUCUGCACCGGGAGCCGGGAGAGCGGCGGGCCCCCGUGGCCGCCGUCCCCCUGCGGGGGGCCGAGGUGGUGCCGGGGGGGCUGGGCCCCGAGCGUCCCUUCUCCUUCCGCGUCCUCCGGGGAGGGGCGGAGCUCGCGGCCUUGGAGGCCGGCUGCUCGCAGAGUCUGGGUCGCUGGCUGGGGGUCCUGCUGGCCGAGACGGGCGGCGGGCCGCUGCCCGAAGAGCUCCACUACGACUACGUGGACGUGGACACGCUGACGGACAUCCGCCACGCCGCCAGACGCUCCUUCCUAUGGGCCACCGCCGCCGCUGCCGCCGCCACCUACGACGAGGUCUACGAAAGUGUGGAGGACGACGGCGGCCCCGCGGCCAGAAGCGCCACGUCCAGGCGCCGCGCCUCCUUCUCCAGCCGGGACUCGGAUCGCACCGAGCAGCAGGCCGCCAUUAAGAGACACGCCUCCAACGUCAACCAGUACGCCCGCUACGGGAAACUGCGCGCCGAGGACGACGCCAGGAGAUACGUGACGCAGCAGGCGGAGCUGGAGAGGCAGAAGGACGCCCUGAGGCGCGACCUUCGCGCCCUGCGCGCCCACAGGAAAAACUUGAAGGAAUCCAAGGACGCCGGCGCCGCAGACGCCGUUGCUGAUCGCCAUCUUGUCCAACUGGAGGCGCUGUGCAGGCAGAAGGAGGAGCAGCGGGUGGAGCUGGAGCUCAAGCUGGCGCAGGUCAAAGAAAACCUCAACAAGUCACUGGCCCGGGGCGCCAUGGUGGCCCCGCCCACCACUGCCAAACAGGUGUGCGGCGGCGGCGGCAAGGCGCGCGACGUGUCGGACCGCGGCGGCGGCGUUCCCGUCAACUCGGCUUCAGAACUCCACAAACGGCCGCCGUCUCUGGACGCCUCCUCCAAGGGGAAGGUCAUGCAAAAGGCCAAGGAAUGGGAGUCCAAGACGCGCACGUGAAGACGCCCGCAGCUGAGGAAAGGCCCCCCCCACCCCUCCUCUCACCCGGACCUCGUGUGCCGGAAGGACGAGCAACCGGCGGCGCCCCCUGGCUUCCAAUCGGGCGACUCGACUGCCCAAAUGAUUGCGACGAUGACCACGUUACGCUGCCGCUGCACUUUAUGGAAUCAAACUAAAAAGUCGACGU